ACGUGGUGUUCAUUUUCAGCGAUCACUGAUCAUCGUUUUCUUAGCUCAGAAAGUAGCAACAGUAAGUUGAUUUUUGUUGUAGUCUUACUGGACCUUUUUAUAUUGACGUGUAAUAUGAAUCAAAAGUUUAAUGGGGAGCCUCACUCCUACACACGUUUCAGCUUGAUCCAGAACAUGGAAGGCGACAACAGCCAGGUGGAGAUGAAGCUGUCAUCUGACAUGGAUGAGGAGGUGGGGGGAAACGGCACGGCAGAACACCUCAAUCACAACUCAAACCGCAAACCCUACGUGGCUCAGAAGCUUGGACGCACACCCAAGAAUCUGUGCUUCAUGGCAGCUGCAACACUUCUCAUCUUUAUCAUUGGGUGUUUGAUUGGUUACCUGGUCCAUCCAAAGAAGGACAUAGCACAACCAACCUGCACAAACUCUGUUACUGCCCCUGUGCCCCCUUUUGUUGACGAGAGAGGUUCUGCUCCCGUCUUGGACUGGGAUGAUGUCAAAAAGCUCCUCAAUCAAAAAAUUACCGCUUCAAAUUUUGAAAGAGUUUUCAGUGAGUUUUCCAGUUCCAACCACCAGGCUGGUUCUCCGGGAGAUGAAGAUCUGGCUAACAAGGUUCAUAGGAAGUUCAAAGAAUAUGGCAUGAAAACCUGGUACGAUGAGUACUUUGUCAAGGUUCAGGUGCUCCAAGGCUCAAACAAAGUGACUUUCAAGGGUCAAAUGAUGGAAACUCAAGGAUUCCUGUCUUACAGUGCCAGUGGACCUGUAACGGGCGGUGUCUUGUAUGCCUAUUUUGGACGUGAAGGUGACUUCAGCGACCUCCAUAACAAGAACGUCGACAUGAGUGGCAGGGUUGUGCUGGUCAAAGCUGGUAUGAUCAGCUUUGCAGAAAAGGUAGCCAAUGCUGCAAAAGUGAAUGCCUCUGCUGUACUGAUCUACGCAGACCCAGAUGAUUACAGUAUUGGAGAAACCACUGCGCUAUAUGGACAUGUCCACAUGGGUUCUGGGGACCCCUACACCCCAGGCUUCCCCUCCUUCAACCAUACGCAGUUCCCUCCUGUUGAAUCCUCAGGUCUGCCAAAAAUCGUGGCUCAGACCAUUACAUCGCAAAUGGCCACUAAUAUUAUGAGGCAGCUGCAGGGUCCAGAAGCGCCAAGCAGGUGGGGAAGCCUGAGCAGGCUUGGAAGUGAAGACGAUGUCAUUACUGUGGAGGUCAACAAUAUCCUAGUUGAAAGGAAGAUCAGUAACGUUUUUGGGGUCAUCAAGGGCUAUGUGGACGCAGAUCGAUAUGUGGUUAUUGGCGCCCAGAGAGAUGCAUGGGGUGCAGGUUUUGCCAAAUCAACAGUCGGUACCAGCAUCCUCAUGGAGCUGGCACGUUCUAUCUCACAAAUGGUGGAGAAUGACGGAUUCAAGCCAAGGAGGAGCAUUGUGUUUGCCAGCUGGAGUGGUGGGGAAUAUGGGAGCAUUGGCGCCACCGAGUGGCUGGAGGGUUAUCUGUCUUCCCUGAGCAUGAAAGCCUUCUCUUACAUCGACCUGGACGGUGCUGUUACAGGUCGACGUGCAUUUAAAGUGUCGGCCAGUCCCUUGAUGUACACCCUGAUCGAUGGUGCUCUGAAUGAGGUCACUGCCCCGAAUACAGCUGCAACUCUCUUUGCCCAGUAUGGAAAAAAUAACUGGGAAUCCUUUUUGUUGGAGAACAUGAAGCAGGAGAGCGCUGCAUAUCCUUUCCUCACCUUUGCUGGAAUUCCUUCACUUUCAUUUAGAUUCUCUAAUGGUAAUUUGGACUAUCAGUACUUUGGUACAAAUCUGGACACACGGGAAAAACUGAACAUUGCCACAUCCAACGAGGUUCCUCAGCUUGCUCAAACAGCUGCUCAGUUUGCAGGUCAGAUAGCACUGAGGCUGGUCCACGACUACAUCUUGCGGCUCGACGUACAGAAGUAUAACAAGAUUAUCCACACGAAGGUCGCUCAAAUAAACAGGAAAGUGGCUGAUGUUCAAAGGUUGCAGCCCCAGCUUUGGCCAAAGGCCCUGACGAUGCAGUGGCUGAUGUCGGCGUAUGGUUCCUACAGCCGUGCCUCUCGCAACCUGGAAUCAGACAAGAGGAACAGUGACCUCGAGGACAUUGAGAUGUGUCGCAUAAUCAAUGAUCGCAUCAUGAUGGUGGAAAGGAACCUCCUGUCUCCCUACGUGUCUCCAUAUGAGAGUCCUUUCCGCCACAUCUUCCUUGGCUCCGGCUCUCACACAGUCGCCGCGCUCCUCAAUCACCUCGACGCCCUCAAGACCCAAAACCCAGAGGCCGACGCCAACCAGUUCCACAACCAGUUCGCCCUGUUCACCUGGACCCUUCAGGGCUGUGCCAACUCACUAGCAGGGAACAUCUGGUCUUUGGAUAACGAAAUCUAAAAAGUCUCAUUCCAUUGUUUAUGGUUUGGCCCUCUUACAACAGCUGGCAGCGUGAAAACUAACAAAGCUAAUAUGUUUAUGUUUAUGUUUAUGCAUUUGGCAGAUGCUUUUUUCCAAAGCGACUUACAGGGGAAAACCAAUCAAAUCACUCAAUCAAUCAAAUUUUAUUUAUAUAGCGCCAGAUCA